AUGUACUCGGGCAACGCAGCGCGCAUCUACAACCCGCAGCCGGACCCGCUGGAGCGGGGCCCGCCCAAGCGCGUGCUGCGCGAGGAGCAGCACAUCGGCGAGAUGGUGGCGGCCUCCAAGAAGCGCGUGACUUGGCGCUUCACGCUGGGUGAGUCGGACCGCACGCACGAGGUGGUGCUGAUCCACUCGGUUAUGAGCUACAAGAAGGUGGUGCAGUACGACGGCCGACAGAUGCAUUUCUCGGCAACGGCAACGUUGGGAGACUGGAGCUUCUCGAUGAUUUUGGAUGGCCUCAAUGUGGUCAUGGAAGUGCGUAUCAAUGACUUGGAGUCAGCCGAUGUCCCGAAAUACGACUUCGUCAUUGACCGAGUCCCGUUCCGUCGCUGGGACGUGUACCGUCGUAAGAAGCACGCGAUCACUACGGCGACCUACGCGCAACCGAAUGCUCCUCCUGGAAAUGCGUACGGAACACACCGCUGGGGGCCUGGCGGAGCCUCGCCUUCGUCGCAAAGCGAACCCCAUCCGUCACGCGGCUCGUUUACGGGUAGCUCGGGGGGUUCUUUUACGGGCAGCUCUCGUGGUUCCUUUACGGGCAACUCUCCGACGUCGGAUCGCACACAGAGCUUCAGCAACCAAGGUGCUCGUCCACGAGCCUCCUCUGGGCAGCAGAAUGGCCGCACUCGAAGCUUUUCCGGACAGCAAAACGGACAACAAGGGUUCAGCAGUGCGCAACAAUAUGCUGGCCAACGCUCUUCAUUGCAGGAACAGAGCGCUCCGAUUGCUCCUAAUGCCGCAGCAACGAACGCCCACCAACCGCCUCCGGCCCCUCCAGCGCAAAAGCCCAAGAAGCAGCCUGAAAUUAACCUGAUCGACGAUUUUGGUCCUAGCGUGAGCGUGUCGGCACAGUCGUUGAUCUUCGAUCCUCUGGCCAGUGUAAGUGGUUGCCCCCAUGGUGGCAAGUUGAAUUGA